CUAUCUGUGCUUUGCCCCGAGUCGCGACGGGCUCUCUCUUUAGCCAUGGUUGUCCGUGAUUCAAAUGAGAUCUUGACGAAUAGUUGUGCGUCGAUAGAACGCGCGCACUGACGUCGUCGCGAGACACAAGGACAGAACUAAAUGACGGAGCCGGCCCGACCGUCUCAACCGGUAGCGUGGCAUCAACAACAAAACCUCGCAUACUAUAGCUCAGCAAACGUCGAAACAAGACCAAUCUUUGCAACUCCAGCUUGACUAACACUCUGUCUGUCAUUGACUGCUACUUACAAGAGAACCCAAGCAGUCGAAUGCAAAACAUCCUUUCUACUCAAUCUAGUGCUCUUCCAAGAGAAUUCUUUGUAUGAUCGCUAGACUGAGUUGUGCUUUGCAAAAUUGGUGAAGACUUUAUAAGCUUUGUUUGCAAUUGCGAAUCACCCAGCUCGAUGCGAAUCGCGGUUCUGCAAUAUACACCACGACUGGGCGACAUUCAGCGCAACAAAGCAACAUGUUACGGUCUGCUUCGCUCUCUUAUACGUGAAAAGGCUCAGGUUGAUCUUGUGAUCAUGCCUGAGCUGGCUCUGUCGGGUUACAAUCAUUCUUCGCGGCAGGCUAUUGAGCCGUAUCUUGAGAUAAGUGGCGAAGGAUCCAGCUUCGAAUUCGCAGCAGACCUCAGCCGCACGUUAUCCGCCAGCGUCGUAAUCGGAUACCCAGAGCGUUCUGGUGAUAAAUGCUAUAAUUCGGCUAUGAUUGUCAACAGCAAGUACCAGGACGGUCUCCUGAGCAACUAUCGCAAGAAGCACUUAUUCAGCACAGAUGAAAGUUGGGCGCACGAAGGACCAAGUUUCUGUUCUAUUGCUCUACCGUUUCGCAGAGCAGGUGCUCUACAGACGGUGACAGCCGCUGUGGGCAUCUGUAUGGAUCUCAAUCCUCACCAAUUUCUCGCGCCAUGGGAUGCUUACGAAUUUGGACAUCAUGUCAUUGAAUCAAAGGCUACAUUGGUACUGGUACCGAUGGCUUGGCUCAAAUCAAGCGACGACCAAGAUCCUCUGAGCACGAUGAAGUACUGGCUCAGGAGAUUGGGUCCUGCCUGGGCCGAAAGAACCAAUCUUGUAUUCGUUGCCGCAAACUUUACUGGUUCGGAAGGGACUGCCGAGUAUGCUGGCAAUUCAUGUGUCGUAGCACAAAUUGGCGGGCUAUUGACGAUACUCGGAAAGCUUGAUAGAGAAGAUGGCCUCAUUGAUGUGAAGCUUGGACGAUUUGGUAUCAAUUUUGAAUGACAAGCAUCGUCAGCUUAGUUCAUAGACAAGAUUCUUGGUAGAUAAGUACUAAGGCUUGGGAAC